GAAGUAUACAUAUAUCACUUUUCAAUAAAUAUUUUUAUAGAAACAAAAAGUCAAAGUUAUAUUUUGGAGACUGUGUCGCUGUCCAAAACGACUUCCUUUACCAGUACGAAGGGUGUACUACAAAUUAAGUAAAAGAGCUUAUUUUCAUAUAUCUGCUGAGAACAUCAGCUAAUCCACUCAUUAAUUCUGAUCGUACAGUUUUGAGAGACAUGCAUUGCAUGUAAUCAAGCAUGCAUUAAGUCAAAUGCCCGUGCGCUACAGUAGAUUCAGAAGAAAUAUAUAUCAUUGGUUUUAAACUUAAAAGGGCAGGAAAGUCGCACAUAGUAUAAAAUAAAAUACUAGCUCCAUCUAUUUUAUAUUAUAAGUCGUUUUGAUUUUUUUCUAAUUAAUUUUUUAAGUGAUCAAAUAAAUAAAAAUAUAUAGCAAUAUAUUUGACACAAAACAAACAUAUUAUCAAAAUAUGAACAGAGGAAGUAAUAUAUUGAUAGGCAAGCUCCUUGUUGUAACCAAGGUUAGGGGAUGGUCACUACAUAGUACAAAAUAGAUUUUCGUGGACACUUCGCUCUGAACUACACCGGCGGCCUAAAAGCACAAUAGCAUGUAUAAUACACGGGGGAUGUGCACGGUUAAAAGAAGAUCUAUUACAGGCAGUUACAUAUAAAAAUAAACAUAUUUACACAUACGGCUAUCAUAGUGCGCCCGUGUAUAUAGUGUAAGUAAAAUCUUGGCAUUAAUUUCAAUUGGCAUUUUAGACUUUCUAUAGCAUUUGAAAAACCCUUGGAGCGAUCAGGAUCGGACAAUGUGAGUAUGACACCCCCACUUCAUACUACUUGUGUUAGGUACGUUCAUGGUUGAUUGCUGAUCUCUCAAGUGGCAUGUAUAUGUCAUCUGCAUUUGACAUGCCGCAGCUCAGAUCAAACUUAAAAACAGCUAUUGUACCCAUUGUAUACAUGACUGGAGUAGCUGUUGCUUUGACAGAAGAGAGGUACAUGGUUGACAUGGCUGCUAGCAAUAUACAUUGCUCUUCUUCCCCUGCCACAUCAUCCGGUUUCCGCUUUUCAAAAAUCCGUGAAAAUAUACAUGUAUUAUCUAAAAAAUAGAUAAAAUGAUUACAUUUAAUUCGAUCGGCAGCAGCAGCUUCGGUGGCUAUCACCUCCGUCGCUGCAAAUUAGUCCACUGGUUUUAAAUCAAAUAUAUACAAUUUAACGCACAUGUGAAAACCGGGCCGCAUUGGAGAUGCAUGCCUAUACGCCUUUUUUAAUAAUAAUAAUAAUAAUAAUAAUAAUAGAAAUAGGUUAUAUCUUCGGUCUUGCCAUUAUAGAGGUACAUGGUUGACAUGGCUGCUAGUAAAAAUAUACAUUGGUCUUCUUCCCCAGCGGCAUCAUCCCGUUUCCGCUUUUCAAAAAUCCAUAAAAAUAUACAUAUAUUAUCUAAAAAUUAGAUAAAAUAAUUAUGUUUAAUUCGAUAGGUGGUAGCAGCUUCAGCGCCAUCACCUUCGCUGCUGCAAAUUAGUCCACUGGUUUCAAAUCAAAUAUAUACAAUUUAACACGCAUGUGAAAAUCAGGCUGUAUUGGAGAUGCCUGUACGCCUUUUUUAAUAAUAAUAAAAUGAGUUAUAUCUUCGGUCUUUACCCGUUAGACACACUGUCAUCCAGAGGCCUAUAUAUACAGAGCACCUAUCACACUGCAUGCCAUGCUCCUCAUCCAAAGUUCAGACAACCAGAAAAUUAACCAAGAAUUGCUCUGCCUAUAGCAAGAUCUAGUAGCAAAGCUUGACUCUGAGCUCAGGAGGAAGAAGAUGGAAGGGCACAAGAGUGGCAUGGAAGCUGUAGCAGUUGCCAUCCCUCCCUUGCACACUGGUGAGAGCAACCACAGGAUUGACAGCAAUGUCAGCUCGCAAUGCCAUGCUGAUCCUGCAGAGCUCUCUGAUGAAACUCAGCAGCAAUCUCUGUGGCAUCUAGGCCUAAGAAAGAUAAUACCAUCAUCUGUUCCUCUCCUCAAGAAGGUCAGUGCUGAGUUCUUUGGCACAUUCAUACUGAUCUUCACCGUGCUAUCAACCAUCAUCAUGGAUGAACAACACAAAAGUAUCGAGACGCUCCUCGGAAUCGCAACAUCUGCAGGCUUAGCAGUCACUGUUCUAGUUCUGUCCCUCAUCCACAUAUCAGGAUGCCAUCUGAACCCUGCAAUCAGCAUCGCCAUGGCCGUCUUUGGUCACCUCCCUUCUGCUCAUCUUCUACCUUACAUUUCUUCACAAAUUCUCGGGGCCGUCGCCGCCUCCUUCGCCGUCAAAGGUCUGUAUCAUCCGGUGAACCCCGGGAUUGUCACCGUGCCAAAUGUCGGCACGGUUGAGGCGUUUUUCGUCGAGUUCAUAAUAACAUUUUUUCUACUGUUCAUCAUCACUGCUCUUGCCACUGAUCCUAAUGCAGUGAAAGAACUGAUAGCAGUGGCAGUUGGGGCAACAGUCAUGAUGAACAUUCUUGUGGCAGGGCCAUCAACAGGAGCAUCGAUGAAUCCGGCGCGUACAAUUGGCGCGGCUAUUGCCACAGGGAGAUAUACUCAGAUUUGGGUUUACUUGGUGGCAACUCCACUGGGUGCUAUAGCUGGAACUGGGGCUUAUGUUGCAAUUAAGCUGUAGUUUACACCAGGUAACUUGUGACUCUUUGAGCAUGCUGAUAUAACCAUUUCGCCAGAAUGUAAAUAAACAAAAUUCUACUAGCUCCAUGAUCAAGUAUAGACACUGUAAUUACUUCUAAUAGCUGUUUUUUUACUAUCUCCGUGACCAAAAUGUCAAUAAUUACUUGUAAUAGCUGUUUUUACUAGCUCCAAGACCAAAAUGUCAAUAAUUACUUGUAAUAGCUGUUUUUAGCUAUGGUAAGAAGAACACUUCAGUGUAGAUACCCAAUA